AUGGCGAAUAAUAUGGCCAAGGAAGUAUCCGGCAAACUUUCAAGCCGUGUAAUGAACAUGAAGUUCAUGAGGCAUGCUGAGCAGGCCGAGGAAGAACAGAGGGUCGAGGUAGAGCAGCGGAAGUUCAUAGAUUCUUCAGAGUGGAGCAUCCCUGGGCGGCGCGAAAGGCUGCGACAGAUUCCUACGCCGCGACCGGUUGUGGCGGUGGGACACACUGUUAUCAGGACGAUAGAUGCGCAAGGCGGUCAGGCGUCUGCAACUCCCGGGAGAAGGAAGUUCGGUAGUACGCCUGUGGAGGCUGCCGAUGCGAGCGGUUCGGAGACUCAUACAGCGUCUACAGCGGAACCCAAGGCUGAAGACCUGGAAACACUGUGGAAGUCUGAAAAGAGGACAAAGAGGCCCAAGACUGGUGCCGCAGAACGCCCGGGGGGUGUCAAGAAGAGGAACAGACAGGGGGCGAAGAACUGA